UUUCAUUCUAAGAUAUUUCCAGGAAAUAUUUAUUCUUGCAUAUUUGCAUGUUGUAAGAUCAUUCUGUUUGGUACACUUUAGGGUGAACCAGUGAUCUGACAUAUUGACUAUUAAUUAUGAAGGCACUAAGGAGAAUACGCACUGUGCUUAUACCAGCAUCUUUUGGAAUUGUUGGAUACAUCCUUGGCAAUGGCAGUAGUAGACAGCAGUAUUCUGCUGAGGCAGACUGGAGUGUCAAAGGAGCAUUCAACUAUAUUGGAGCAUGGUAUAGAAGACUGCCAGUCCCUGGUCUACCUCUUUAUGGAGAAGUUUCUGCAGCAGUGCCUUCUCAAGCUGCUGACAUUGUUCCAGAACCACCUCCUCAGGCUUCCCGAACAGCUCAGAUCAUGAGAUUCGGAUUUCCUGGUUUGGAUAACAUUCGAUCCCUGGAUGACUAUGUCCUGUCAUAUGACAGACGCAACAGGGUUGCCCAUUGGGUAUUUGAACAUCUCACAGCAGAGAGAAUAAAGAAGAGGGAUACAGUGGAUCGGAGCAAGUGCAAUUUUCAUGAAGACAGUUCCAUUCAUCCUUUCUUCCGGUCUGUGAACCAGGAUUACAAGGGGAGUGGUUUUGACAGAGGGCAUUUGGCUGCAGCAGGAAACCAUCGACUGACACAGGAGCAUUGUGAUCAGACAUUUCUUCUUUCGAACAUGGCUCCUCAGGUUGGAAAGGGAUUCAACAGGGAUUCCUGGAAUAGGCUUGAAAAAUACGUCCGUCACCUUGCUAGGAAAUACAAAAAUGUUUAUGUUUGCACAGGACCCCUUUAUUUACCAAGGCAAGAGGCAGAUGGAAAGCUGUAUGUAAGAUAUCAGGUGAUUGGGAAGAGCCACGUGGCUGUUCCAACCCACUUUUUUAAAGUCAUUGUGGCAGAGGAUGCCUCAGGAGCACUUGAGCUGGAGGCCUAUGUCAUGCCAAAUGCUGUCAUCAAAGAUGAUGCACCACUAACCAAUUUUCAAGUCCCACCUGAAACUGUUGAGCGAGCUGCUGGACUCCUGUUUUUUGAUAAACUGUCUAAGACAAAGAUACAGAAGAUCAAUGGCAAGAAAAUCACUUGG